CGGCCGCCCAGCAGGUGCGCGGCCGGGCGUCGGCGUCGCUCGGAUCCUGGGCCGCCAUGGGGACCCCCCGGUGCCGCUUCGAAGCCUUCCUGGACCAGCCCGGCUGGCUGGGCGACGCGCUGGGGGCGCUGGAAGCCAAGACCGGCCUCCGGAGGUCUUACCUGGCCACAGGUUUCCUUAGUUUCGUGGGACUCUACCUGAUGUUCGGCUAUGGGGCCUCCCUGAUCUGUAACCUCAUCGGCUUCCUCUACCCGGCUUAUGUCUCCAUCCGCGCCAUCGAGAGCCCGGCCAAGGAUGACGACACCACCUGGCUGACCUAUUGGGUGGUCUACGGCACCUUCAGCGUGGUGGAAUUCUUCUCCGACACCUUUCUCUAUUGGUUUCCCUUCUACUACGCCGGCAAGUGCCUCUUCCUGCUGUGGUGCAUGGCGCCCUUUUCGUGGAACGGCUCCCAGGUGCUCUACCGCAGCUUCAUCCGGCCCUGGUUUCUGAAGCACCACCGGACGGUGGACAGCGUCCUGAGCGACCUCACCGGACGGGCUGCUAGCGUCGCCUCCGCCGCUUCCCGGGAAGGUAGGCGGUCGAGUCCCUUUUUGAUUUUGGAUUUGGGGAUUUUUGAUUUUGAGAUUUAG